CUGUGGGCUGAUGAUCCAUUCGGGCAGCGUUGGCAUUUUCCGAGGCCGUGUUUUGCUCAGAAAAGGGGCGUGUGCUUUGGGUAGGACCUCCCAUAGUCAGACCCUAUGGCCGUGCAGCUCAGGCGGAGGCGCGGACGGAUGGCCCCCGACGGGCGGCUUUCCUGGCGCUACGGGCGACAGUGCCAGUCCGCCAGUCCGCCGUGACCAGUGAAGGCCCCGGACGCGAGCGAAAAGCAGGCGGUCGCCAGGUCCUGCGGUCGGCGCCAGGUCCUGUGAUGACGGUCCAUGUACGAGAGCGCCAAGCUGACAGAAGGGCUGCGGCUAAAUCGAGAAGCUUCCAGAUUGGAGGCCAUUGCUACUAGUAGCAAGGAUGCAACUAGUAGGGCUUUGAACGGCCAGCGCGUCGAGAUCUCGGCCUUCAGCCCGCGGCAGCGCUACCGAUGCGCUGGGCGCUUCCAAGGCAUCGGUCGAGACGGCCACCGACGUCGAUGGUUCGACUGCUGGGUGAUCAGUCAAGGCGAUGGGUUCGAAAACUCAGUUUUGGAAGUCGACAACAAGCCAACAGCUUCGACCACGAACUUCGUGGAGUGGCAGUAUGUGGAAGUCGAUGAGUUCGUGCGGGCGCGAGUGACCAGAGCAGAAGACAGGUUUGGAAUUGCACGCUAGAACCAUUAUCGACAGAGUCUACAGUCUACACGUCAAGCGUUACAUUAAAGAUGACAAAGGUAAUUUUUGUGUUCCUGGCCAUCCUUGAAUGGCCCGGAACACAAACGCCGUCCCGGAUGUCGGGUCGCCUGUCGUGGGCGGUGCGCUUGAAUUUGGAGUUGCAACUCGAUGGCAGAUAUCAGAAGAGGGACGCGGCUUGGUAUGAACGGAGCGAGUGAAAGGAGCCAGCGGCUGCCAAUCUGUGGCCGUCGACAGGCUGCUACGUGGAAAGCACUGGAGGACUUGACCCCUUGUUCGCUUCAUGUGGCACCUACUGAGCGUGAGGCCGAGGAAAUCCGGUCCCAUUCCCCAUUCACUUCGCUUCCUCGCAUCCUGCAUGCAUCGAGGUUUGUCCAGCGACCUUGGUGCAGCCAUGUUUACCCCACUGAGAUUGGAAGUGCAGAUGAGGUGAUGUUUGCCCUUUUCCCGAACCACUGUGCAGCAC